UUGCUUAAUUUUUACAGUUUGUCUCUUGUUCACAGGGUCGACCGGUCGAACGACCGUGCAGUUUGAUAGCUCGUUCCAAUUUGCCAUUUCGUGUUCCGUAGGACGGUAGAAGCGAAGAUCUUCGUCGCUCUCAGGCGUUGAGUGUCUGAGUCUGAGACUCAGAGAGCCCCUUUGUGAAUUGUGAUCUCGAUAAUGGAGGCAUCACAAAGCGACAAUCCCAAUUUUAAUCCAAACCCUACUCCGGUCGGGAAUUCACUAUCGUCUUCAGUUCCUCUCUGGCCGACUAUCGAUGGCCCACUUGGCCUAUCCGAGGAUGACGCACUCAGUUACGCCCGCAAAUUUUACAAGUUCGGUUUCGCACUGCUUCCUUUGCUUUGGGCCGUCAAUUGCUUUUACUUCUGGCCUGUUCUCCGCGACGCUCACUCCUUCCCUCGCAUUCGCCGCUAUGUUGUUGCAUCAGCAGUUGGGUUUUCUGUAUUUGCUGCCCUUCUCUGUUCAUGGGCUCUAACAUUUGCCAUUGGAGGAGAACGCCUCUUUGGUCCUAUUUGGAAUGAAUUAGUUAUGUACAAUCUUGCUGACAGAUUAGGAUUGACCGGCUGGAGCUAGUUGUGCGGCUCUCUGAUCUUUGAGGAGCCAUGUAGAAAUAAUACGAUGGUUUUACUUUACUAGUUUGUUUCCUGGCUCGUAAAUCGAUACCCAUUACUAUACAUUUGAGGAUGCGUUGUAACUUUUUUUUUAUUUAAAAAAAGCUAGAUUGGAAAUGAAAUAGAACAAGGAGUAUGCAUGCUGUAAUGGAUUGAUCGUAAUUUAAUUCUUUUUAAUAUA